AAAGUCAAGAAAAAUAUAAUACAAAAGAAAAAAGAGCAGAAACAAAAGAACUAUACAUCAGACAUCAAGAUUUAGAGGGUGAUUUAAACCUAUCAGACUUCGUUAAUUUGGAAAAAUUAGAUUGUUCUCAUAAUCAAAUUACUCACUUAGAAAUAACCGAUUGCACUAAUUUAAAGAAACUUGAUUGUUCUAAUAACCAAUUAACUAACUUAGAUUUAACAAACAACAAAAAACUAGAGAUAUUAGAUAUUAGAAUUAAUAAUUUCUCUAAAAAACAAGAUCUAACUUUUUUAAGUCAUUUAGUUAAUUUGGAAAUUGGUCAAGGCACUUGUAAUUAUUUUACUGGUUCACUUGAAUUUUUAAAAAAUUUAAAUAAAUUAAAGAAGUUAGACAUUGACGGAACCGAUAUUGACAGCGGUCUAGAAUAUUUACCAAAUAGCAUCGAAAAGUUUUACUGUGCACCACGCAAAAGAGAAGAAGCAAAAGUUAGAACUAUUCAUAUUUUUUUUGCUGAUGAACAAGGCAUAGUAAGAGAAGAAGGAGAUGGAUAUAUAGUAAAUUUUCCCCGAAAACUCCAAGAUUUUAAAAAAUGGCAAGAAAAAGGAUUUACUAAUGAGCAACGAAAAGAAGCAGGUUUAAAGUUAGAAGAAUGGACUUUCGCUGAUUAUAUAAAAGAAAAAGGUUGUGAUAUUUCUAAUACUGAUAAAAUUGAAGAGUUAAUAAAAGAAUAUCGUCAAGCACAAACUUGA